AUGGUGAUCAUUACGCUCAGGGAUAAGAAGCUACGCGAAGCCAAGGAGAUUGCUAGGAGAUCUGAACGAGCAGCUCUUACAGAGACCGAGGCGGUACCUCGUGAUGAUCCGCCGAGGCAUGAGGGGGACGAAGUCGCCCGAGCUGCUGAUGAGGUUGCUCCCGAGGCGACAGCACAGGAGGCAGCGCCCGAGGUGGAGCCGGACGAGAUUGUUCCCGACGCGUCUGGAGAAAAUUCCGCGGCUCGGGACAAAACGCCGCCUUCCUCGGCGAUUCUGGCUCUUCCAAAACAAUUGAGGCCUCCGGCUUUGGAUCUGCUGAAGCAUGAUUCCAGCAGGAAGAGAUCGGCCACGGAAAAGGGCAAGGGCGCGGCCAUCCAAAAGGACGAGCCAUCCAAAAAGAAACGUAAAUCGGCUCCCGACGAGCCCGCAUCUCGUAAGCUGGUAGUUGACGACCCGACUGCCUCCGCGGUAAUGUUUGCCCGCUUCAACAACACAAACACACGUCUUCCGCCCCCUGAGCAGUUGAGGCGGUCGAAGUCCUAUGCUGCCAUGGCGCAGCGCGUUGUCGCGGCUAUCAACGAGAUGAUGGCCGGUUAUGAAUCAGACUUGGUUAAGGACGAGCGCUGCUUGGAGGAGGCUCAGAAGGAAGCUGCAACGGCUAAGGGAAAAUUAGACGAGGCGAGGGACAGAAUUAAGAAGCUUGAAGAGGAGAAAAUAACUCUCCGAGCCAACGUUGACAAGGUGUCUUCCGUGGUGGCUCGCCUUGAAGAAUCUAGGAGAGCCAAGAGUGCCGAGGUGGCUUUAUUGAAGAGACGCAUCGAAGCUAAAGAUGCUUUAUUCGACGCUAAGGUGAAGCGGGCCACGAAGGAGGUGAGGCGCGAGUUGACGGCUAGGUUUCAAGAGCGUCUCACUAAAGUGGAGGAAGGUCUGGCCAAGCUGGAGAAAGCCAAGAGCGACGAAAACGAGCUUGGACAGAUCAAAGGGAACCUUGCUAUGAUCGAGGAGCUUCCAAGCCCGACGGAUCUUUGGACUCUGAAGAGGCAAAGCUGA